GGUGUUGGUCGACGAUUCGCGUUCUUGUGUUGCCGUAAGGCAGAUGUUGAUGUUUCCAAACGAGCAGGAGAACUUUCUGAAGAUGAUUUCGAGAAGAUUGUCACCAUCAUGCAGAAUCCAGCACAAUACAAAAUCCCGAACUGGUUCCUCAACAGACAAAAGGAUAUCAAGGAUGGAAAGUAUUCCCAGCUCCUUUCCACUGGUGUAGACAACAAGCUUCGUGAGGAUCUUGAGCGCCUGAAGAAGAUUCGUCUGCACAGAGGUCUCCGUCACUACUGGGGACUGCGUGUGCGAGGUCAACACACAUCAACACACAAAAACCACCGGACGCAAGGGACGCACUGUGGGUGUGUCGAAGAAGAAGGGAGGAUAAGCGUUAUGUCGUUGUGGGUGUUGUUUUGUUUUGCCCGAUAA